GAUCAUCCUGAAUUUUAUAAGUCACUUGAAAUCAACUUUGGCAGACGGCAUGGCUGUGUAACCUUGAGCGACGUUUAUGAUGGACAAGUUUAUCAAUCAUUGGUAGAGUCUGGAUACUUGCAGAAAAUCUUCCACCUUACACUGGGAAUGAAUACCGAUGGAGUUCAGUUGUUUAAAUCACCACAAACAAGCAUGUGGCCAGUGUAUUUCAGAAUUAAUGAGUUACCACCUACUCUAAGGUCAUCAAAGAAAUAUCUUCUUCUUGCUGCAGUUUGGUGUAGACAAGAAAAACCACCGAUGCACUGGUUUCUCAGGCCUGUCAUUGAUCGACUUAAUCGACUAUAUACUGAAGAUUUACCAGCUAAGGCUCUGCUUCUCCACUGCCAACAGUACAACGGUUGCUUUGGAUGCUCAGAGUGUGAAAUAAAAGGGCAAGUGGUACCAAGGCUUAGAGGCCACACUACAUCUUUCUGGCAACAGUCUCUUGCCAUUAAGCGAACGCACAAGUCUGUAUGUCAUCAAGCUCAAGUAGCUCUCCAAACAAAUAAGGUAGUUGUGGGAGUAAAGGGUUACUCACCACUUAGCUGGCUUGAUGAAUUUGACGUAGUCAAACAGACACCUAUAGACUACAUGCAUUGUGUUCUCUUAGGAGUCACUAAGAUGUUACUCAAUCUAUGGUUUAACAGUCGCAACAAGACUAAUCCGUACUACAAUGGGCAUCACACUGGCCUGAUUGACGAGAGAUUGUCAAGUAUCUUUCCUCCUACAGAGAUAUCACGAAAGCCAGGGUUAAUAUCUAAGAUGAGUGAUUGGAAGGCAUCUCAGUACCGGGCAUUUUUGUUGUAUUACAUGGUCCCUGUAUUAGCAGAUGUUCUUGAUCAGCAGUAUUGGAUUCAUGCGUUUUGCUUGGCUUCUGCACUUCAUUCUCUUCUGUCCUCGUCAAUAACUGCAGAUGACCUACUAGUCAUCGACCAGUCAUUGAAUCAGUUUGUGACUGAUAUGAAACUACAUUAUGGUCUGGAAUACUGCUCUAUGAACGUUCAUUUACUCACACAUCUGGUCGAUCAUGUCAAAUUAUUUGGGCCUUUAUGGACUCAUUCAUGCUUUGAAUUUGAAUCAGCCAACCUGAGACUCAGGAAUUUGGUACAUGGGAAGCGUUAUCCUGACCAACAGAUUGUUAAUGGAUGGCACCGUGAGCAUUGUGCCUUUAACAUAAGUCAAAAGAGCAAGGAAGUUCAAGCACUGCACGAAUCACUGUCCCAUUCAAGUGUGAGAUCCGAGAAUAACUGCAAUGAGGUGGCAUUGAAGUGUAAAAGAAAACAAUGUUUGGAUGCAGAUCAGGUCUCUGCUUUGAUGAUGGUACUUGGGCAGGCACCUGAAGCUUGUGAACUGUACACGAGAGCAAGUUGGAGUGGGAAGACCUUUUGCAGUUCAGGCUACUUGAAAUCAAAGAGGAUGAACAGUGUGGUCCAGUUUCAGAAGUCUGUGGGAACCACUCAGUUUGGGCUCAUAGAUUGUUUUGUGAGCCCAAUUCCAUCCAUGGCAGACUUUGCUGCUGCACUAGUGCUGCCUUUUGAUGCUAGACCUUUGGCUCCGACAGGUGUACCAUUAAUUCAACAAAAAUGGCUGGCAGUAUCUUUGAGACCAAGAAGUGACUUGCUGGCUAUUCCUAAAAAGAACAUUGUCCGGAAGUGUGUCUAUGUCCAGAUAUCCAGCACCAGAUUCAGAAAUGCUCAGUCCUAUCUAUCUCUCAUCCCUAAUGAAAUAGAAGUAGAUUGAUAAGUUUUACAAUAUUACUAUUUUUAAGUUGUAGCUGGUUGCAUUAUAUCAUGUAUUAUAAUUAUAAAGUGGAUACACAAUAGAGCUUUAUGAGUAUCCAA